AUGAGCUUGGGAGAAGACGAAAUAGAUUAUGAAGCUUUGCCAACUUCAUCACUCGCUGUAAAUCUUAUGGCUGGUGCUCUUGCAGGCAUAACAGAGCAUUCUGUCAUGUAUCCUAUGGACUCUAUAAAGACUCGUAUGCAAGUGCUGCAUUCGAACGUUGUAUAUACCACUGUUACGAACGCUAUAUCUCGCAUAUCAACUACUGAAGGCCUCUUCUCUCUAUGGAGAGGGGUUUCAUCAGUAAUUGUAGGAGCUGGCCCGGCUCACGCGUUAUAUUUUGCAACAUACGAGAAAUGUAAAGUAAUGUUUGGGGCUGAUGGUGAUGGUCAUCACCCAAUACGAGUCGGUGCCGCUGGUGCUUGUGCUACUAUAGCUGCUGAUGGUCUCAUGAAUCCAUUUGAUGGUAAUAUUGGACGAGAUUAUGGAUAUGGCGGUGGUGGUGGAUUAAUAAAACAAAGGAUGCAGAUGCAAGGAACAAUACACAGAAGCAUGUUUUCUUGCGCAUCCCAAAUCCUAAAAACCGAAGGCUUCUCAGCCUUUUAUAUAUCAUACCCAACAGCCUUAUCGAUGACCAUACCGUACCAGUCAAUUCAUUUCGCCACGUACGAGUACUUCCGUAAAACACUAAAUCCGAGUGGUAUAUAUGAUCCCAAGACGCAUAUGUUGUCGGGUGGACUUGCAGGUGCCAUAGCAGCGGCUGCCACAACGCCUUUAGAUGUGUGCAGGACUUUAUUGCAGACAAGAGGCAUGUCUGGGGAUGUAGCUAUAAGGCAUGCUAGUGGGUUGAAGGACGCUGCUAGGAUUAUAUAUGCUAGUGAAGGGUGGAAGGGAUUUAUGCGUGGUAUCAGGCCGAGGAUUCUAUCUCAUAUGCCGUCCACCGCCAUAUGCUGGACUACAGUACGUAUCAUCGCUUGA